AUGGCCGCUGCUGCAGUAGACGAUUCUUACACCUCCCUGCCAUCUCGCCCCAUUCGUUCGUCAGUUCCCUCCCGCCCGUCCUUGGCCUCUCUCUCUCCCCUCUCGACUCUCUACCCCCAUCGUUACCACCCAACCAACCCACUUUCCUCUACAGCUAACCCUCUCUCUGCAUCUCUCCAUCUCUCCGCUUCUGCCCCCCUCUCUGCUUCGCUAAAUCCUUCUACCACAAUCCGUCCCCCCGCCUCCACCACUCGUUCUUCCAUGUCUGGUCCUGUUCCCCUCCUUGCACACUCCACCCUCUCCUCCUCCUCCUCCUCCUCCUCCUCCUCCUCCUCCUCCUCCUCCUCCUCCUCCUCCUCCUCCUCCUCCUCCUCCUCCUCCUCCUCCUCCUCCACCCUACUCUCUCUGCCUCUCCCUCCACUCUCUCGCACUCUUCACACACUCACUGCUGCUCCAGCUGCUGUUGCUGCUCCUCGUCCUCUCCCUCCUGCUGCGUCAGCCUCUACUCCUAUUACUGCUACCUCGUCACCUAUCCCUGCUGCUUCGUCACCCAUCCCCGUCAGUGAAACCACCGCUCCCGCUGCUACCACCACUUCUGCUACGCUCUCUCCUCCCUCUUCCUCCCUCCCCUCCUCUUCCACUGCCCACUCUUCUCUUCCCGCUUCUGCCGUCGCCCCUUUGUCGCGUCCGUUCCGCUUCUCUGGCUGUUUCUCUUCCCGUUCUUCUCUGCUUGACCAGCCGCCAUCCCCCUCUCGCAACAGCUCAAGUUCAACUACCACUCAUGGUGCUGCCAGUGCAGCAGCCCAUGCAAGGAUAAGCAUUGCAGGCAGCAGCAGCAGUAGGCCGAAUGCUGCUACCAGUGCAGAAACUUAUUCAAGAAUCAGCAUUGCAGACAGCAGCAGGAGCAAUAGGCCCAAUGCUGUUACCAGUGCAGCAGCCGCUGCUAGCACGGACGUCACAGGCAGAAGCAAUGUUGGGAAUGCUGUUGGGAGCAGCGCAGGAGGCAGCACAGGGCACGGGAGUGGGGGUAGCAGCAGUGCGGGUAUCAGAGCUGUUGCUGUGGGUGAUGGUGGAGUGGGUGGUGGUGGUGUAGGUGGUGGUGGUGGUGUGGGUGGUGGUGGUGUGGGUGGUGGUGGUGGUGUGGGUGGUGGUGGAGUGAGUGGUGGUGGUGUGGCUGAUGGCGGUGCUACCACUGGCAGCAAGGGUACUGGUGGGGAAGGCUGCAGUAGCACUGCUGGGAGCAGCAAUGGCAGCGGUGGUGAUAACGGUGGUGGCAGCGGCAGCAGUGGCAGAGUGAGGCAGAGAGGUCAGUAUCCUUGGCAGGUAGAGAGGAUUCUUGAGAGAAACAGACUGAUGCGCCUGAAGCAGCAGCAGCAGCAGCAACACCAGGGGGAGGAGGAGGAGGAAGAGCAGGGAGGGGGGCAGCAGGAGGAGCAGAUGCAGCAGGAGUUGCAGGUAGGGCAGCAACAGCACGAAGGACAGCAGAAGCGGCAGCAUCAGGCGAGAUUGGAAUAUGAUAGAGGCAGAGAGGAAGGGUCAGAGGGCUCAGAUCAAAGGGACGAGUACGUGACAGGUGACAGCAGCGGAUUGGCUGACGACCUGCAGGUGGACCUGCUGCCAGCGGGAGCAUCUUCUGGGGGAGGUACAUCUGGCUGGGCGGCCAGGGGGAGGGCGCAACUGAGCAGAACCCAGAGGGAUGGAACGAGCGGAAUCACAAGGGGAGGGCGAAGGGGGGAUGUGGAGAGGAGGGAGAGAGGGGAGGAUAGGGUAAUGCAGAGGGGGAGGGGGUUCAGGAGAGCGAAGAGUGAGGAUGGGGAGAGAGGGAAUGGGGAACAGGAGGGCAGGCAGAGAGGCGUGAGGGAGAGAUUGGAGCAGAGGAUAGAACAGAGGUUGGAAGAGAGGUUAAAUGCGGUGAGAAUGGGAGAGGGGGAUUUUAGCAAUGGUGUUGUUGCUGGGAGUAGCGAUACCAGUAGUUCAAGUGACAGGAGAAGGAGUGUGAGCAGUAAUGUUGGGGGCAGCAGCUGCAAUGUUGGGAGGAGGGAAAGGAGGGCGAUUUAUGAGAGGAGGCUUGGGAGAGUGGAAGCAGAGUAUGGGAACCAAGGCUUAGGGGAUGAGAGUCAGGUUGUGGAAUUGCAGGAGGAGCGGGAGGAGCAAGGGAAGCAGGAGGAAGAGGAGGGGUGGCAGCAGCAGCAGCAGCAGCAGCAGCAGGAGGGGGAGGAGGAGCAGCAGCUGCUGCUGCAGCUUGAGGAGCAAAUGCACAUGCAAGAGGAGCUGCAGAGUCAGGUAGAGGAGGAGGAAUUACAGGAGCAUGAUCUGAGAGGCUCAGCGCCGAGGCUGCUAGGCGUGUACAGGAGGCACGGGAGGGAGGACCGGCAUCGCCUAGAGGAGCUAACAGAGAAUCUGGAGGAUGGGGAGAGUACACUCUCUGGUAUCACUAUUGAUGUUCCUCCUGGCGGAGAUGACUAUAACGAAGGGGACUACAGUGCUGAGAAUGUCAAUGGUAGUAGCAACAGCAGCAGUAUGGGGUAUCCUGGCCCCUCGUUGAAUCUCAGGGGUGCCGAGGGGUACCAAGGGGUACCAGCCUAUUUGAAUGGUUUUGGUAUGGUGGAGAUGGAUAGUGGGCUGGUGGGUGCCAUGGGUGGUGCUAUGGGUAGUGCCAUGGGUGGUGGUGCUAUGGGUAGGGAGAUGGAUGGGGACAUGGAUGGGGAUGGGGUGGUGGAACUAGGCUCAGGGCCAAUGGGUUAUGGAGCAGGUUUGAGACGUUUCCAGUCGGGAUUCGAAGGAAUGGAGGGGUUUGGUUCAGCAGGGGUGGAGAUGCGUGGGUUGGGAGCGGUGGUGAGCGGUGUGGCGGGGCGGGUGGAGGAGGAGGAGGUGGAGGCGGAAUUAUUGGCUAUGGAGGCAGCGGUUGAGUUCAAUGUGAGGGUGGUGACGUGUCAGGGGUCCCCUGUGCGCUGGCACAACUGCCACGUGUGCGUGCGGCCCAAUGCGGUGCUGCUGGAUGCAGCUGGGUGCAUUGUGGUGGAUGGGAGGGAGCUUCGCGCACGAGAUGGCUCCCCGGUGGUGUUGGAGGAGCAAGGCGAGUCACUUAUCCACGCACUCAUCGACUUCUCUCCCCCGCUACUGCACCUCUCCUUCAUCCACGCCUUUCUUGACCUUGACCCGCGCGCCGUGGUGCUGCAAGAGACGGCCGUGAGGGUGAACCGAUGGCUGGGUGACCGCCAGAACCAGCAUGAGGUCAUUGCACGCUUCCUCACUUGUGACUAA